UUUAGGAGGCAGGAGAAUGCCAGGGCAAAGGGGUUUCCCGAUGCUCAGGGCUCUGCAACUGUCAGUUUAAAAAAUGAAAGUAAUAUAGAAGGGUCAAAGUGGAAUUUAUCAUUCCAUCUCUCCAGGCUCCUGUCUCUUUAAUCAGCCUGAUUUGCCCAGCAAAUGAUUCCUAAGUGUGUGUGUGUGUGUGUGUGUGUGUGUGUGUGUGUGCCCGCGCGCGGGUUGUAGCUCUGUCAAUCCUUGGAUUAGAACCAAUGAUUGCAGCUUGUAGGAGGGCUGUCCGGGGCCAGAUUGUACAAUGUGCCUCAGUGCCAGAGUAUGAGUGGAGAUAAUUACGGAGAAGUCAGACUCUCUCACGCCCUCGGCUUUCUUCUUGUGUCCUUCAGCAAAACAGUGGAUUUAAAUCUCCUCGGACGAGCUUGAGAGCAACACAGUCUAUCAGUGGGGGAAAAAAAGAAAGAAAAGAAAAGAAAAGAAAAAAAAAACUGAACCUGACAAAAAAGAAGAAAAAGAAGAAGAAAAAAAAUCAUGAAAACCAUCCAGGCGAAAAUGCACAAUUCUAUCUCCUGGGCUAUCUUCACAGGGCUGGCAGCUCUGUGUCUCUUCCAAGGAGUGCCGGUGCGCAGCGGAGAUGCCACCUUCCCCAAAGCUAUGGACAACGUGACGGUCCGGCAGGGGGAGAGCGCCACCCUCAGGUGCACGAUUGACAACCGGGUCACCCGGGUGGCCUGGCUAAACCGCAGCACCAUCCUCUAUGCUGGGAAUGACAAGUGGUGCCUAGAUCCACGUGUGGUCCUCCUGAGUAACACCCAGACCCAGUACAGCAUCGAGAUCCAGAACGUGGAUGUAUAUGACGAGGGCCCGUAUACCUGCUCUGUGCAGACAGACAACCACCCAAAGACCUCGAGGGUCCACCUCAUUGUACAAGUAUCGCCCAAAAUUGUAGAGAUUUCUUCAGAUAUCUCCAUUAAUGAAGGAAACAAUGUCAGCCUCACCUGCAUAGCCACAGGUAGACCAGAGCCUACAGUAACCUGGAGACACAUCUCUCCUAAAGCUGUUGGCUUCGUGAGUGAAGACGAGUACUUGGAAAUUCAGGGCAUCACACGGGAGCAGUCAGGGGACUAUGAGUGCAGUGCCUCCAACGACGUGGCAGCACCAGUGGUACGGAGAGUGAAGGUCACCGUGAACUAUCCACCAUACAUUUCAGAAGCUAAGGGUACAGGUGUCCCCGUGGGGCAGAAGGGGACACUUCAGUGUGAAGCCUCAGCAGUUCCUUCUGCAGAAUUCCAGUGGUUCAAGGACGACAAAAGACUGAUUGAAGGAAAGAAGGGAGUCAAAGUGGAAAACAGACCUUUCCUCUCAAAACUCAUCUUUUUCAAUGUCUCUGAACAUGACUACGGGAACUACACGUGUGUGGCCUCCAACAAGUUGGGCCACACUAAUGCCAGCAUCAUGCUAUUUGAACUAAAUGAGCCUACAAGCUCAACUUUGUUGCAAGAAGUGAAAACUACAGCCCUGACCCCUUGGAAAGGCCCAGGUGCUGUCAGCGAGGUGAACAAUGGGACCUCCAGGAGGGCAGGCUGCAUUUGGCUCCUCCCUCUUCUGGUCUUACACCUGCUCCUCAAAUUUUGAUGUGAGUGCCCCUUCCUUGCUGGGGGAGAGCUGCCGCCACUGCAUCUCAACACAACAGCACGGCAACACGACAGCAACAAGUCAGAAUCCAACGAAAUUCAGAGAAUCACAGCCAAUGGGACAGAAAUUCGAGGGAGGGGAACAAAGAAUACUUUGGGAAAGAAAAAAAAUAAGUUUAAAAAAGGAAAUUGAAAAUUGCCUUGCAGAUAUUUAGGUACCACUGAGUUUCCUUUCUUCUCCCAAAUGGGAAGAACGCACACCCGGCUUGGACCCACCCACAAGCUGCAUUGUGUGACCUCUCUGUUGCCAGGGUGGGCAAGGGCUCAGCCACUCUGCCCACUAAAGUGCCCCACCAUGGAACAUUCUGGAGUCGGCCAUCCCAAAUUCCAUCCGUCCCUAGAGACAAGCACAGAGUGAGAAACAAGGGCCCAGAUGUGCCACGGAGGGCCCUUUGGUGGACUACGCCACAGUGGCGUGUGUCAUGAAGUGUGAAAUCAGAAAAGAAAGAAGGAAAAAGGAAACUAGACAGCCUGACAGCACCAUGAUCCCACAAGCGAUGGUCACAUCGAUAUUGUUAAAUUUUUAUUUCUCAUUUUACCACACGGACAUCAUGGAUAAUAAGGGAUUCUGAUCCAUUAUUAAUUUUAUUAAUUAUAUUUUCUGAUAUGAGUCUAGAACUUAGUGCAAAAAAAGAAACAAAACUAAAAAUACAUACAUGAGAGGGGUGAAGAGAAGUGUGUUUAUUAAGCAUUAAGAAUGAAUAGUACACUACUUACCUAGGUUUACAACUGGUGGACCACACACCAGGUACUAACCACCUGGUGAGGAUUUGGCAAAUCCACCAAAAACACAUCUGGUUUAACCAACACCUCCACCAGCACUACAAAUCCCUCUUCAUCCUGGCAUUUCAUGCAGACAGUACUAUGCUAUCUACAUACUGUUUAGAAAUGGAAAGUUGAUCUGCACUCUAUUUUGGUUUGUUAGCUAUGCUUCUUUUGAGGACUUAUAUUAUACAGUAUAUAUAUACAUAUAUUUUUUUUCGUUAGAGUUCUAGCCAUUUUGUUUCUCAGCAGGGUCCUUUCUCAGACAUUACUGCAUGCUGUAUAUGGCGUUAGCUGUGUGUUGAUCUUCUAAAAGAUGAUAGAGUUUACUGGUAAUUGUGUAAUCAGCUCCUGCCUUUUUAUUUUCUUGGGUUCUUUACAUGUCAGAGACAUUUAUGGAAAGUGAAAAGAACAACAGCAACAAUAACUAAUAUCAGGCGCAGCAUCUUUCCAGGUGUGGCUCUCUGAGGCGGAGGCCUCAGGCUUGGCUUCUUCAUCACACCUCGGGGCAUUAAUGGACAGCAAGCAACUGAACCAACUAAACCUUCAGUAAUCACUUGCUUUAGCCCAUUGUGGGAAUCCCUGAUGCCUUUGUGACCACUGGAGAACUUAAUCCUCUUGGUUUCUUUUAUUUAAAUUCCUACCUUUGUGUGAGUGUGUAUGAAAGAGAAGAAAAAUGCAGUUUUUAGGUAACCAUUUUUUUCCUCCCCAAGUCUGGGGACCAGAGAGGCCUCGGGGAGGGGUCCUGGAUGUGAUGAGGGAAAGUGGGAUUGGGGGAUAGGGGAGGGAGGGGUUGUCUCUGACUUGACAUUAAAAAGUGUUCCAUGUCCCUCUUCA